UUUCCCCUCACUUAGCUUUCUCAUUUCCUCUCGCAAUUCGCGGUGUUCAAGAGAAAGAACUAAAGCUGCGUUUUUUAAUGCCCCUACGGCUAGUCCUCGCCUUAAGGCAGGCUUAACCCUUCUUCACAGACGUGGGGUAUAUUUUUCCCCACCCUAUUUUCUUUUAUCCUGGCUGAGUGGUCCGGCCACUUAGCAAGCAUAACAGCUGUGUAGCUUCAGUUUCCUGUCAGGUCUAUUGGAGGGAGAUAGUGUCUCUGUGAUCAAUCACUUGUGGGGGUGUGUGGGGGGGAGUUUGGGUAUAUUGUACCCCAGAGCAGUGUUAACACACUAAAAGAAACAGAAACGUAACCACCGACAAUUGGUUUAGUUCUGUGCCCCUGGCCACUGAUCUUCUACACAACUGCGGCACGACCCUAGUUGGCACUGUGAGAGCAAACAAGAAAGAAAUUCCUCAGGAAAUGAAAGAAACAAGAACUAGGAGGGUAGGUUCAAGUGCAUUCUUAUUCGUGAAUGACAUGACGUUGGUGUCAUACUGCAAGGACACUUCAAGAACGAAAAAGAAGUUGAUGUAUCUAUUAUCAUCAAUGCACACACAGCCAACCAUAAUGCCAAACGGCAAGCCUGAGAUCAUUUGUUUUUAUAAUGAGACGAAAGGUGGAGUAGAUGCAUUCGAUCAAAUGUGUGCAAUAUACUCAGUUUCACGCAAGACAAGCAGGUGGCCCAUGAGUAUUUUCUAUGGGAUGAUAAAUUCCUGUGUAAUCAACUCGUGGAUAAUCUACAAGGAAAAUCAGCAGACAAUAGGUUCUAAACUAAUUGAGAGACGCUUCUAUAUGCAACAUUUGGCAGUGGCCCUUAUCAAAGCAUGGGCAGGAAAGAGGAUGCUCAACUCAAGGAUUCCCAGAACCAUCAAAACUGUGAUCAACACAGUCUGCAACAUUCCUAUACCUGUCAGGGAUGAUCAAGCAGGUCUCACAGUGAUGGCAGACAGCAGGGCUCCCAUGGUGCGGUGCUCACUGUGUGACAGGGCCAGCGACAGGAAGACACGACACAGGUGUCAAGGCUGUAAACGCCCUGUGUCCUCGCCACAUCUACACUUGGUGCGUGGACUGCCCACACUAAUGCAGUGUGUGUGGCUGCCAGGAGGCUGAUACCCAUAGCUGAGAUACCCCGAUACCCUGAGAGUGUGUGGGUCAAGGAUCAAGUCAUUUACAAGAAUAUUAGAUUGUACACACGCUAUUUUAGCAACACAAGUACAAAUUUCAGUAUUUUUUUAUACUUUUUAUAAGUUGUCCUUGAAAUAUGUAGUUUCAGUUGCUAGUCAUUAAAAUGGUUAAGUAAACAACACUAGAGGAUAUGUAUUUUCUGUUUAUCUUUUCAGAAUCAAUAAAUUUUGUUAAUAACUAUUUUUAUUUUAUUUUCCAAAAACAGGGUAAAACAUACCCCACCUCCGUGUUAAUAAUAGUAAACCCCACGUCCGUGAACAAAACCUGGGACAAUGGAAAACGGGCCUGCUAGACCUUCGAUCACGUGACCAGUCACCAGCUGACAGAUGACAACAAUAAAGAUGGUAGACGAACAGGAAGUGCAAGAUAUGCUACAGCUUUGUAACUUAUCUUUCCUACAUAACAUAACAUAAAUAAUAGGAUAGCAAAGGGCCACCAGGGCCCAUCUAGGUUAUCCUGUAUCAGUCGCACAGCGACCUCGUCAUCAGUACUUAAAGUU